AUGCAGAUUUUAAACAUAGGUCCCGAACCCAAAGUAGAUGUAGACAUUCCCUCCGGGGGAAUGAGCGAGAGCAGUGCCAUGUGCAGUCUCGGCAAAUGCACGAGCGGCGAAUCGUCGGUUUUUGCAGCUGCCCAGAAUGGGUCAAGCGUUGCUCAUUCGAGCACAGUAAAGGGGGAGAAUAUAGACUAUUGGAAGUCGACCGAUCCACUUACCUCGACGCAGGAUGAAGAGGAUGGCUCAGUUCUUGUGUCUCCCCAAGGCAUCAAGGGGGAGGAAAAGGGCCUCGUGUCCACGGUUUCAAUAAGUUGUCUCGACUUUUUCCAGGAUGCAACCUUGGAACCGUUUAUGGACCUGCAAAAUAACAAAGUCGAUGAGCAAAAUGCAGAUUACAUUUUGCAAGACUCUACCCGUAACAAGUACUCUACACAGCCCUUGCCGGUAGAACAAGAUGGCAGCUCUAGCCCAUUAAAGCUGGCUGAUGAAAAUGUUAGCAAACCAAAAACAUACCAUUCGGAUGACCGAGUGGAAAGUAGCAUGGCUGAUUUAGACAAGGAGGUUAUGCAAAAGAUAUCACAGCUGUUGGCUCAAAAGAAGCCUAAAAAUACAAAUCUUCACAUUAGACAACCAGAGGUCCCAGAAUCUACUUCUUGCGCUUCAUCCAUCUUGUCAUCCCUGGAAACUGACCAUUCUCAUGUUACAAACGACUCUGAACUACCAAAAGAGUGUAUAUCAGAAGUUUACCUCUUUUUGCUACAAAUGAAGCUUUUAAACACCCUUGAUUUGGUCAAGGCAGUUUGUAGACCUUGGGGAGUCCCUCCAAAUGGAACUGACUAUGCUUUUCAUUUUGACAAAAUUGCAAGUGCAAAGUCCAUACAUUUAUUGCACCAAUACGAAUCAAUCUUUGCCCCAAUCUAUGAAAGGUUCAAGUAUGAUGAUCCAGCACAUUUGUGGACACGUGUUGGUGAUUUGGAGUAUUUUAAAAUUAUCCACAAGCUGGAGUGUUUGAGGAAUAAUGUACCCUUUAAUCCAGAGGUUUACAAGAAACUGGAAAAGGAAACUAAGGAGAGGGUUGAUAAGGUUGAUUUGUUUGCCCCUACAUCUAUUGCACAAGAUUCAAAGAGCUCUAGAAACAUUGAUGAAUCGGAGGUUCAAACUGAUGAAAAGUCUACUGUAGAUGGAGAGGACUCCACUGAUAGCGAAUCUUACACCCUCACUGGGUAUAUGCAGGAAGAGGAGGGAGAGGAUGAUGAAUUUGACAUUUCUCUCUACAUGUCAAUUGAGCCAAAGCAUGAUGCUCCUAGUGAGACAUCCACCAUUUGCCUCCCAGAUGCGCCCUUGACAAUCUCUAGAGAUUCAACCAUAAACCACACUGAUCCGAUCCCAUGUGAUACCUACAGGGACCCCUUUUACAUGAACAUUGACCCAGAAAGUAGCUCCUCUUUUGCAGUUUUAGAUGAAAAUGUGAUUGAGCCCAUGAGAGAGUGUAGAAGGGAGCCAGAAAUUGAGUAUGGAUCUAGCUGGAAGAAUGGUAACGAGGAUACAGUGUCCAAGUUUGGAAAAAUCGUAGUUGAUGUGCUCUCUAAACAUGCCAAGGGAGAGUACAAUGAGGAUGAUGCCCCGUAUACCAAAAAGAUGAAGCAUUCUUCCAUGCGUUACGGCUCCCAGGAUGCUUACUCGCGCCAUUCCGGCAACUACUCACCGAACAUUGACUAUGAUUCCGACUAUUACAGAGGUCAAGACGCCUACAGAGUCAGCAAAUCUGGGAGAAUUAUAACCAACAAGGUUGUGGAGGAUGUCCACACUGCAAAGCAGUAUGGAGAAAAGAAAAAGAGGAAGAGGAAGAGAAUUUACAGCGAUAUCAAGGUACCAAGUAAUACUACGAGUCUGAGGCUAGAUGGUCCAAAGAUUUCAGUGGUAUCCGCAAGUGUCUCGUAUGACAAGAGACAGCAAAGAUUCAUGGCCCAGUGGAAGACAAAGGAAGGCACAAAACACUCUAAAUCCUUUUAUGCAAAGAGAUACGCAAGUCCACUAAUGGCAAGGAAACAUGCUGAACUAUACAAAAUGUACAUUUUGCAACACAAGAACCUAAACAUGCAUGACCUAAAGGAGCCAACCUAUGAGGAGCUGGCUGCACAAAACUUUGAACCCCUCGACAAGGUGGAUGUAUGCGAAUGGAAUGAAGGAAUGCAUGAAUGAUGAUGGUGAGUAU